GCGGCCUGCCUCCGCGAAGGCGUGUGUCCCUCCGCGGGAGCCGUAGCCGUGCCAGUGCUGGGAGCGGGCGGUCGGCAUGUUCCGCAUUGAAGGGCUCGGGCCCAAAAUGGACCCGGAGGAGCUGAAGCGAAAGAUGCGCCGCGAUGUCCUCACCUCUGUCCGCAAUUUUCUUAUCUACGUCGCGCUGCUGCGGAUCACUCCUUUCAUUCUGAAGAAGCUGGACAGUAUAUGAACACCUGAGAAGACUCUGCGUACAAGAACAUAAAAUGGACUGUAGCUGCUUUCCUGUUUAAAUGUUGUGCCCGAGGCAAACAUCCAAUACUAAAUGGUUCUGAAAUGUUUCACUUAAGCACGUUUGACCUUAGGAUGAUAGCCUAGGUGGGAGUACAGGGAAGAUGUCUGUUGUCCUUGCAGAUGCCAGGUCCCCUGUUGAUGUGAUUUCUGGUCAUUGAAUACUCCCUUGUAUUCAAGCAGUGGCUUGUGAUGGAACAUUUCUUGUGCUAUUAUAAAGAGUCUGUCUCCAUUUUGUAUUAAAUGUUAAAUGCUAGCAAGUUGCUUUGUUAUGCAGCUACCUCCAAACUGCCACGUGCUAUGGCUGUCAACCUUACCGAGCCUGUCUGUGAGAACAAGUCUGAUGGCUGUGAGAAAAAGUCUAAUGAACCCAGUUUGAUUUGAAAUAAAUAGAAAAGCAGCUGUGUCACUUA